AUGUCUAGUUAUAGUAAGAAAGUGGAUGUUAGUGUAGAACAAAUCCGUGCAAUAUAUGGUCAAUUAUUAGAAUCUUUACAAGAGCAAGUCUCUGAAUCCUUACCUAGUGAUACUACUACUACUACUACUAAUGCAGAAGGAUCCUCUAAUAAGACUAUAAAAGAGAUCCAAAUAUAUUUACAAGAGUAUUUGCUACGUGUAAUGGAAAUGUCAUCGGGUUCAUUAAAUAUAGUAAACCUGGAAAACAGUAAUAACAAUGAUAUGAACGGGAUGUUAACAGAUACACAACAAAAAUAUGUUGAACCAUUUGACAUUGAAUUGAAUGAAGAAGUACGACAAAAAUACCAAGAAUGGGAAGAUUUAACAGUGAAAGUAUCACAAUUAAGAAGAGAUGGUCCACAGACAAUAAAUACAAUGUAUCAAACAGAAACAACAACGAUGUUAGAGUCAUUAGAUGCACGUAUACACGACACUCUAAACAGCAGUAGCAAUGAUGAUAAUAAUAAUAAUAAUAAUAAUAAUAAUAAUGAUAAUAAUGAUAAUAAUAAUGAUAAUGAUAAUACUACCCCGAAUACUCUUACGCAGAAUGAUCUUAAUAACAAAACGAUACUUAAAGAUUAUGGUGAGAUAUUAACUGACUUACACUCUACAAAGGAACAGAUACCCGACACACGCGCAAGUCUAUCCAAACUCAAGACUUUGCUAGCCUUCUUACAACAGGAUCAAGCAUAA